CUUUCGCCUCAACACGCUGGACGACCCGGUCCAGGGGCUCUAUCGUUCUGUUGUCUCUCCCAUCUCAGAACGCGGCUGCUGCGACUCUAUUCCUCCUCAUCGUUCACAUCGUCGCUGAAUUCUUAUCCGAUCACGACCAGUGCGCAGUGCGCACAUAUCCCCAGUCUCGGCGACCGUCCUGUCUGCGAGCCGCCUUCCCGUCUCCAACCCGUCGCUGGUCGCUUCAAUCCGUGUGUGUCGCCCAGACGCUGCGCAGGAAGGUCAAUAACGUGGAAGGAAGAGUACGUCUCUGAUAUACUGCGCUUGGGACUGUUUGACAGGUCUCUCUGAUCGCCUGGAGCCCGUUUACGACCCUCGCAGCGGUAGCCGGGACCGAUUCCUCCGUUCAGAGUGAAGAGAAUUAUAAGGAGGCCGAGGAGGGAGGACACGGGCGAUGAAUCAAUCCUGAUAGUGCUGUCUCACACAUUGCCAACGUUUCGAGAAAAGAAUGAGACCGACCGACACUCCGUCUUCCCCGCUGUUCCCUGCAUUGGAUCCGAUCAUACUCGACGACGACAUGGAGAGCCCGUAUCAAGACCUGAAUAUGGGAUUCCUCGAUCCGACCAGGUUGCAAACGUCUUCUGGAGGAGCCGGUCGCGAAUUCGACGAUCUAUUCUCGCGAACUACUGCCUCUAGAGUGGCUAGAGACGCCGAAUCCCACCUGGCUCCGUCAGAGCUCUCCACCAAGAGACGUUAUCGAGAUCAAGAUCGGGAUGGAUUGACGCAACCACACACUGUUCAAGCAGAUUCUCCAGCAGAUACGCCUGAUAACUCGAGUCGGAGUUCUUCAUCUGAAUCGCCGAGGGAUCAUGUACGGACUACUUCAGUUGCUUCCACAAAUUCCGCGAUGCGUGACAACUCGACAACAGACGGUCGAUAUCACACCGAUUCGUGGUUGAAUUCAGAUUUCGGAUCGUUAAAGGAGGAGCCGCUAUUUGGACUGGAGGCUGACAUGCCUCCUCUCGAUGGUGGAUUUCACAUGGACACCGAUAUUGAAUCGAGCAACAAGGCGAUGGAUUCUGCUUUCGACUUCGAGAGCGCUGCUAGCAGCCCCAGCCCUCUCAAAAUGGAGACAUCUUCACUCCCGAAGUCGCAAAAGAUAUUCAAGAAUCAGCUGCGCAGCCCUUCCAACCCUCCCAUCCAAUUUACCCACUCGAAGAUAGCUUCCCCAGGUACUACGUCUGCAUCCCCAUUCUACUCUCAUAGUUCCAGAGAGGCAUCACCUAUGACAUCCUCGAUGCUGCCGAGCCAAGGACGGUCAUCGUUCAAGCAAUGGGAUGGCCGGUCUCCAUCUUCGGCUUUGGAGGAGACGUUUGGAGGUAUCAAUAUGAAUGGCGGAUCUCCUCUUAGCACGACAUUAUCUCCCAGUCUUAAUUUUGGGUCAAACGGGCUGCCUUUCGGACUGUCAGAGUGGCCCUCAGAGCAGACGAUGGCCGCCCAAGAUUUCCCUACGCAAUCGGCCCCUCCGAACCUCAGACCAGAAGCUCCGAUGCGUCCUAUUCUCACCGUACAUCCUACAUCGUUGAAAUCCCGUGUUGAGACGCAGAUCCCUAUCAAGAUGACUCUUUACCCUGUCCCUGCGGGGGUUAAGAAGUUACGCUUGCCAUCUCAUACGAUCUCCAAGCCGAAGUUUCUCGCGAAACCAGAUACGGAACGCUCUCCGGAAAUCCUCGAAUUACACACAAGUCUCGUAUGCACGAGUGCGAUGCAGGACCAAGAGAAACUGAAAAGGGCGUUCGCAAGAGCAGCACAGGGUGGGCGAUCAUCCAGUGUAGGCCAGGACAAUUCAGAGAGCACUCCAGAAGAGGAAAAGCCUCUAGAUGGCGGCGAAGUGAAGAUUUGUGCUGGUUGUAUACAGCGCGAACGGAAACGAGCCUCGCGAAAGAAGCAACGGAAGCCUGACGAAGAUGAACUAUUCCAAAAAGAUGAGGAGAAGCGGGUAAUUGUGUUCAAUACAAACGAGAUCAAAGACUGGACGGAACCCUCUAAGAGUGCCGUUUCUGGUUAUUCAGAUAUGGCAGCUUCGAUGGUGCCUGCAGGAGCAAUGCAGGCUGAACUACCCAUGCGAAUAGCUUGUUACUGCAGGCAUCAAAAUGAGAAGCUUGGGUUUCAGGUUAUAUUUACCAUCAAGGAUUACCAAGAUAAUGUUAUUGCUCAAGCAAUCACAAAUUCGAUAAUGAUCACUGAUGAUCACAAGACGCAUGCGCCUCCUGCGCCAGCGCCGCCGCCGAGCUCUGCUCUGCCUGAUGGUACACAGCUUCCAGGUGCAGGAGUGUUUGUUCCUAAUUCUAACAUGGAUGUUGGAAAUUCGUCUUCUGGAGGACAAUCGUCGUUCCGAUUGUCUCACUCGACGACCGACUUGCAAGGCUUGCAGCAGAGAUACAGUCCUCAGCAGUAUCCAUUGACAUCCGGAGCUUUCGUCAUACCUCAAAAUGGGGUUUCUGGCACUUCGAGUUCCUUCUCUGGGCGAAGCCUAUCCAGACAAGCAUCGCCUUCCGAGUUCCAGGCACCUUCCAGCAAACGUCGAAAACACAGUGGUUCCAUCAAGCUGCCGUCCGGUCUCACGAUGACGAAACUCGAACAAUCUCAUUCAUCCAGUGCCUCGGCCUCAACUAGCAAUGGACCUCAUGCCUCCGGUACGCGGGCGUUUGCGUCUCCAAUAGAGGGACCUUUUGCUACCCCGGCGUCGCUGCCUGGUCAGUUUACCAACGGUCCACCAACGCCUAACAACAACGAAACCAACCCGUUUUUCAACUCUACCGGACAGCACGGAGGUCUGGACAGUCUGACCCAGCAACAGUUGGUGUCAGCACCUAAUUCCGCGCACCCCAGUCGACCGGCAACUCCAGGAGGUUCCGGACGGAACAGUUUCCCAGAUCCUACUCUCAAUAUGAACAUCUCAUCCGGUCCCGCGAAUUCCAUCUGGCCCUCUUUGACAAGCACUACUAACCGGUUACCGUCGAUAAUCCACAAAUUGGUGCCCGCUGAGGGUUCUACCACCGGAGGAACAGAAGUCACACUUCUGGGCAGUGGUUUCUAUCCUGGUAUGGAGGUUGUCUUUGGAGACACUCUCGCGACUACGACUACGUUUUGGGGAGAUAAAUGUCUGAAUUGUCUGACACCACCUGCCCUCCAGCCCGGUCUCGUGCCUGUGGUGUUCAAACACGAACAUCCAACUUUCGGUCAGCCACACCAACAAAACCAGCCUCUCAUUCCAAAGCAACAGCUGUUCUUCCGUUACGUAGAUGAUCGAGAACUCCAGAUGUACCGUUUGGCACUGGGAAUACUUGGGCAGAAACUGCGUAGUCCGGCAGAUGCGUUCCAGACUGCCCAGCAGAUCAUGGGAGGCGAUCCGACCAUUUGGAACCUGCAAAAUGACUUCCAGGGCGGCAGUUCUGGAGGUCAUCAGCGACAGGUACCUGGACUGGGUGCUCAAGGCAAGACAAGUGACAUGGACUCCAAGAUGCUCACUUACCUUGAGUUCCUUGAUCUCGAUGACAAUCCACGCUCGCCCAAGUACAAUAUGCGGUCUGCAACUGGUCACUCCCUGCUUCACUUUGCGUCUUCAUUGGGCUUGACUCGAUUUGUCGCGGGACUUUUGGCCAGAGGCGCUAAUCCGGAUGUACAAGACAACAACGGAAAUACACCGAUGCAUCUCGCUGCUCUGAGCGGCCAUGCCCACAUUGUCCACAGACUACGACUGGCUGGCGCCAAUGCUGAUGCGCGCAGUAUCCGAGACUUCUCGCCAGCCGAUCUUGCCACAACGCUGACUGCCCAUCAGGCGGCGUUGAUCCCGGCACGGCACUAUCGUUCUCAGAGUGUUGGGUCAUCGCCCUCACAGAGACGCCGCUCACACAGUACAGUUUCUCUCAACUCCUUAUGGGAGACUUCCUCUGCGUCCGGCUCUCUUGGUUACGGGGUGGAUGACUCUAGUGAUUCCGAAGAUAGCGAAGCGGACUCCGACGACGAUACUGGCCAUUAUCGCCCAUCAUCCCGACGGUCAAGCAUCCAGCAGGAUGCAACCCUGUACUACACUCGAUCUAGGGAAGGGACCAUACCAACCGACGGCAUUCAGACUCCCGCAGAGACAGCAGGCGUUGAAGAUACCAGGAGCUUUUCUCCUCCUGCGGCUCUUAUUGCCUGGCGGAACCAUCUCGCAACGCAGAUCAACCAGUUCCAGCAAAGCGUAGGGAGAGCCUUCCCUAACCUACCGGCACUCCCGCCGAUGCCAGCUCUGCCCGAUUACCAAGCGCAUCCCAUGAUGCGACGCAUCACCAACCUAGUGCCUCAUCGGCCCACGACGUCUUGGUCUGCGAAGGAGGGCUGGUGGGAUCUGUUGACUGGCAAUUCUUCUCCCAACAGCACGCAGCCUCCUGCUUAUGAAGAACUCUAUCCUCAUCAAGAAGGAAACGAGGAAGAUCUUGACACGAAGAAGUCUUCACUGGUCCGGGCUGCUGCUGACGCUGCAGUAGAUCAGCACUUUGAAGCGCUUGAGACUCGAGCAAGUUCAUCCAAGUCGAAGCCAGUCAAGGAGGAGAUCAAGGAUAUCAGGAUUGGCCGGAAGACCAUAUCGCGCGAGCAGCAAGAGCAGCUGCGACAGCAACAAGCACGGAGGAUGAAAGGACUUGGAAGCGACCGGAACUUAUACUUCUUUUGGAUUCCUGUAUUGCUUCUCGUCAUCUGUGCAUGGCUUCGGAAUUUGCUUCCCGGUGUUUGGCAAGGGUUCUCCCAGGGUUAUGAAUUAGUUAAGACUCGUUACGGAUGGUCCACGGAGGUUGGCUUGUGAAAUUAUCCAAUUCUUUUUUCUUUUUCUUUUCUUUUUUCGAUCUCCUCUAAGCAUGUUCUUGCCCUCGUCUGUCCAAUGCUUGUAUAUUUUUUCUUUAUUUUCUUGUGAUUCCUUUUGUUUAAUGGCAGGGGCGUGACUCUGUCUCCGAGGAUAUCCUGGCUUCCCAAGCCACCUGCGGUCUCCGUGAUUCCCACUUGUUGUCAUGUUUGUACAGAGAUUACUUGUUCGGGUAUAGUAGUCGAUUUAGAUGGCCAUUAUUAUUAAUAGUGAUUUUGAUCUUCCAAA